ACUAAAUUCAUUGAAUCACUCUUCAUUUUCAGUUAAAUUUUCUUUUUGGUUUCUGAAAUUGUAUACUUACCAUAAUUUUCUGCAUUUAUAUCAACAUUUAACUGAAAAUUUCCACCAAAUAAAUUUUGCUGAAUUUUAAUGGGUUUGAUUUAACUUGAAUUUCCCAUUUUCUGGGUAUUUCUUUUUUAAGGAUGAAUGACGCUUUUUUUACGUGAAGAACCCGAUUCUCUUAACAGUUAACACGAGAAACGAAUUCCACUUUUUUCUUUUUACCGACUGUCACUUUCUCUCUCUAAGAGAGAGAAAAAAGGGAGAUUUUAGAAGAGAGAGAAAGAAAGAAAGUUGCAGAGAAUUUUCCCCACUAAAGUAGUAAAUCUCAAUUUUUUUUAUUUGAUUUAUUACUAGUAAAGAAUAAAAAUAAAUCCCACAAAUUUCGGUCUAUCUUUCUGGCAUUCUUUUCGCCUUUUCUCUCUCAUCAUUUAAUCACUUCACUACCCAAUCUUUGCUUUUCUCAGUUUUCUCCUACAUUUCAUUUUUUUCAAUCUAUUUUUACGGGACUGUUUGGCAAAUGGUUUUAUAAGAGAAAAAGAGAGAGAAAAAUGAACAAGAACAACUCUAAUUUGCUUGUCACAGGAAAUGCGAAUUUGAGGAGGAGAGAGAAAGUUAAACGAUUGAAUUUUGUUGGGAGUGAAAUGGGUUUUGAUGGUCAAGAUGAGCUUCAUCACUCUACUACUGUUAAUUCUAUGAAAUUUAAGCUUCCUAGAAAGAUUUUUAGUGAUUCCAAUACUUCUGUUCCAAGGAAGCUACGUUCAGCAAUUAAGAAACGUAGCUGUGAAUCAUCCACAGUGGCUUUGCCUGAUGGAAGGAGAUUAAACAAUCGGGUAAACGGGGUUGAAUCGCUUAGCAAGGAUUGUUCGAAGAAGUCUAAGAUAUGCAUGCAGAAUGCUUGGUCUGACAAUUCAGCAAGAAGGAAUGCUUCAGUGGCAAUCUCCAAAGAUGAGGAAGAGGUUGCUGAGACAUUGUUUGCUUUGGCCGGAAUGAUCCCUCUUGAUAGUUUACCUGUCAAUAAAAGAACAGAUAACAAGUCUUUGCAGGCGAAAACAUCAGACCUUUCAAAGAAACAACAUAGCAAUUCUACACCUUCUGAAGAUCCUAUGGUUUUGAAAGAGGAAACGACUGCAACUACUCCUACAGCAACCAUAGACAGCUCAAAAAGGGACUCUUCGCAAGCGAGAUCUGUGAUCGAUCCUCCACCUCUCAUUUUGUCUACAUUGUCUGAAAGAAGACAGAUGAACCUGAAUUUGAAAGUUUCUGUUCCACCGGGGCAUUUUCAGAUCCCUCCCUUGCUUAGAGCUUGUGAUGAAAGACAAUUGAAAACAAAUUCUAACUCUGUUUGUGCUUCUGCUGAACAAAGCCAAGAGAGCAGGUUAACUGAGACCAAACAAGAAAGGAGAGAAUCACACAUUAAUAUAGGAGUUGCUAGUCUAGACAGAGGGCCUGCUACUUCAGCAGUGAUCAGAGAUAAUGCUUGGCCAUCAACAUCUUUACCUGGAUCUGGAGUCGGGGUUCUUCCUUUGCAGUCUUCUGCUACAUUUCUUCCAUCUUGGAGUAAUCAUACUUUCCCAUCUAAAUCUGGUUCCUGCGAUGAUACCCGUUCAGCUGGCAAGAUAUCUUGCUCAAUAAAUGGUGGAAGGAAGUCCUGGAGAAGAUGUGUUGCACAUGUUUACAUCAGUCGCCUGAUUCAGGUGCUGCAAAACUCAGAAGGAAAAGACAUUUCGCCUCUUGCUGCUGGACAUGUUGUAGGCUAUCAGGAUGACCUAAAAGAAAGGCUUGCUGCUGGCAACAUGGUUGGUUCUUCUGCUUACAAGAAUUUCUGUGAAACUGCAAAUGAUGUAUCUGGUCUCAAAAACUGUCAGGCUGAAGUGGCAAGACGUUCACUCUCUGGGUGCUGUGACUCAAAGAAGCAGAGCUACAAUUUCCUGUCUUUAUCGACUGGAGCUGGCACAGAAGUAAACAAUGGUGUAAAUAGAUUGGGCAUCACUUUGGAAGCAAAGGAUCAUGUACAUCAAAUGCAUUCAGGUGCACCAUCUAAUAGUUACGUGCCUAGUUCUUUGUCUCAAAAUCGUUUUCCUUCCAUUCCUUAUCGAGAUCAAGUUGCAGGAGCAUCAGGGGUAUCACCGUCUGCGCCACCUCAGGUUCACAUACAAGUACCUCCAUAUUUUAGUAACCAUUGUGGGACUGCUCCUUCAAGCUCAACAAGAUCAACGCAUCAGCCACACUCUAAACAGCAGCAGCAGAUUUGGACAGCCCAACUGGCUGCACAGUUCAGGCCUGGCCCAGUCCUUUCAUCCCAUAUUGCAAAUUGGCAGAAUAGCAGACGGGAUUGGGGUCGGAAUCCACACUCCAUGAAUCACAUGCCAGCUCAAUUUUCAGCUCCCCAACCUUCUCUAGAAAUGGUUGGUUCUAAGUACCUUCACAUUUCUCAACAGCCACAGCAACAACUUUUUGGGCUUGGUCCAUCCUUGCCUACAUCCAAUGCAAAGCUUCAAAACGGUCAACGCCCUUUGAUAUGUGAAGACAAAGGAGCUCGAUUUCAUCCAGAUGGUGUGCGUCCGUUGCAACUACUCUGCAAUGAACAGCUCUUGAGUUGAGAGGAAACCUAACAGUUCGGAGAAUUAGGUAAUUGUCAUCCUAAAACUCUAAGAUAUACAUAUGUAGAUGAUUCUCUGUGGCAUAAAAUACAAAAUCAGAGUAUAAAAAUUAGAGUUGCUUAUGGAUGAUGUGUCCAUUGAUAGUCUGGUCUGUGGAAAUGGAGUAGAGCCCUUGAGAAAACAAGAAGACAAGUAUACUGAGCCAAGAGUCAGAAUGAAUAAAUAGCAGUGCUUGAUCGUAUUUUGAAGAAUCGCCAAUGGUUGGAUUGGUAGCUUGCAUGUUGGCGUGCCUUUGAUAUCAAAGGUCAUCUGUGCAGAGGUCGUGAGAAUCAGAAGAGCAAUUCGCAAUCCAGUUCUAUUGUGAUAAAAAAUAGUGCCUUUGUAUUCAGAGUAUAUGGUGUAUCUGCAGCAGUGUUAGUGACCAAAAAGUAAAUGGAAAGUAGCUAAGUGAAACACUUGACAUUCUUAGGAGCUGAAUUCUAAACAGUAGAGAUAUUAUUUUCAUAAAGAUCAAGAAUCUUCUAAGCUUAUCCAUAGGGAUGAUAUCUUUUGCCUCUUUGUA